AAUAAAUGUACAGCAGAGGUUACUUGGUCUGAUGGGCACUGGUGAUCACAAUGGGCAAUUUUGAGUUGGGGUAUGCUAAUAAUAUUAUAAAUGUGCUCUGGGAUUUCACACCCUGUAUUUUUGGAUUUCCGCCGACAAGGAGGAGGUGGAUCAAUACAGGAGCGAAUAUUAUAUUUCCACUGAGCGCAUGCAUUGGAGGCGGCAUUGCAUGGGUAUUCGCAAGAUAUGGCAAGAGAAAAGCCCUGAUAUUAUCAGCAUCAAUUUCCAUCCUUGGGGGAUCUAUUAAAAUGAUUAGAGCUUAUCCGGCUUACUUACUUGGAAGAGGCAUAAUGGGGCUUGCGUUUGGAAUUACUAACUCAAUAUCCCCAAUGUUUGUUAGCGAAAUUUCUCCUCCAAAGAUGAGAGGAAUACUGAUGUGAUUUAUAGCUCUUUGGGUUAACAUUGGGUUACUUACUCCCAUGUUUUUAAACCUAAAGUUGCCUGUUUUCAUCAAACCAUUCUCACGGACACCUGGUUAUUGUAACCCGCUUAUUGGUCAGCAUAUCAUCUGGAGGGAGAUGUUUGCACCUCCUAUCAUAUUUGCUUUCAUUCAGCUAAUUUGCCUCUUGUUCAUUUUUAAGAAAGAAAACCCGAUAUAUGAGGAAUAUCUUAUCUCUAAGUCCGAUUCUUAUGAUACCAGUGGAGAUUUUGGGGGUGAGGAAUCUUUUCAAGAUGAAGAAUUUAGCACUAAUAUCCAACAAGCCACUAUUUCUCCUCCAACCAGAAUGGAAAAGGACACCUGGAAGGUCCUUUGUAGGAGACGAGGGAAGAGAAAAUUAAUGGCAGGUAUCAUAUUAAGGUCUAUUAUUCAGUUAUCAGGUACUUAUAUCGUUCUCAACUUUGCUUUCACUCUCAGAAUAAAUCCGAAUUCAACACAUUGGAACUUGAGAUUACUAAUAGCCGUUCUGGGAAUUUUCCUAGUUCCAGUCUCGAUGAUCCUACUAACAUAUUGUAAAAGAAAAAAACUUCUUCUGAUAGGAUUUCUCAUCAGCUGAUUAUGACUAACAGUGCUGUUCCAGGCUUCUUUACAAGUGAGCUAUACAGAUUAUGGAGUCCCCAUGUUCAGUGGUAUUCCAAACAUUCUGUCAACAAUCUUCGUACUCAUCUUUGCUGUUAACUUCAGGAUCACUCUUGCCUCUACCUUUUAUGUAUACUGAGCAGAAGUUCUGACUGAUAAGGGAAUGGCGAUGGCUACAUUAGCUCAUUGGCUUAUAAAUGGAAUAGUUCUGUUACUUCCAACAAUUGCAUUCAGAAUUUCAGACCUUGCAGGUACUUACAUCAGAUUUCAUGAAUCAAACGCUUUGUUCUUCUUUAUAUUUGGAGGAUUCUGCAUUGCCAGCUUCUUUCUCAUUACAAUAGCUCUAAAAGAGACCUUUGGUAAAACUCGUGCUCAAAUUUCAGAAGCUUUUGGUAAGAAUAAUUAUCACUCUUUUAAAUCGGUAAUUCCAAGUUAACCAUCCUCUCUCAAUAAUGCUAUAAUUCAACUCUUGGGGUCU